CCCCCAGCGGCAGUUAGUUAGAGGAAGUUGCAUGCAAAGGCAAGAAGUACGGCUGACUGACUCUGGCAAGGAUCUGGACACUUGAGCACACGCUCACGAUGCUGGAGUGCUUUGUCAUGAGGUUGCUCAUCUUUCCUCUCGUUAUCACAGGCAUCAAUGUCGACGGUGACGCGGUCAGCUUGGCGCUCACGUUUCCAUGCACCAACUCAGUGUGCUAUCACAUUUGGAGAUUUACCCGGAAAACGGAGAACAUCGAUGUUGUGCUCACAAGUAGCGGGGAGAUGAUGCAAUCCGCAGGGGUUGAAGCUCAGGACGGAAAAUGCACGAGGAAGCUUCAACGUCUGACGGAAGACAACAUUGGACUUCAUUACUGCAAGAUCACAGAUGAUGCAUUCACACCUCAAAACGAAGCUCCAGUGUUCAAAGUGGCGCCGGGCUUUGACGUAUCUUUCCAUUGCACUCUGCUGUCCUUCUUGACGCUGGCCCAUUGUUCCACAACACGAAGCUAUGAUGUCCGUUUGAGGUGGGUGGACCGAACCGGCCAAGAGAUCAGCGACAAUAUGCACUAUCGCAUAUCGCGAAAGUCACGGUGCGACGUCACCUUGAACGUCACCUUGCAAGCUCCGGGGAGUGAGGAGUUCAGGUGCCAGGCGAUCGUGAGAGGAAAAUCCUGGAAUUCGGCAGAGAUGCGAGUCCAAGUACCAGUUCCCAAAGGGAAGGGAAAGGGAAGAGGAGACUUCAACUUCAAAGAAGUAAAACCUCAGGUGGACAGCCACUACAAAGUCGGCGUGGUGGUGGCGGUGUUGGCGUGCGCCACGUUGACCGCCUUGGCUGCCAUGUUUGUCGUGGUCAGGCGACGAAAGGCAGCAAAUCUGCCCGAAGCCUCCUGUCCCGCGGCCAUUCACGACCACGUGGCGGAUGACGUCAUUUACGCGGAUGUCGUCCUCCCCGUUGGUCCGGAUAGAGUGUCUUUCUCCCAAGGCCAAGAUACGGAAUAUGCGUGCAUUCGCUACCAGUAGGCCUUCAUGUGUGUGCAUGUCGGCAGAGUAUUGUUAUUUUUUGAAUGAAUCGUGUUUUGUAUGGGUUGGAAUGUACAUAUGUGUCAGCUAAGCUUAAAUAUUUGUAUGUUAUGCAUUUGAAUAGUCUACCUCAAGAAAUACCACUUCCCUUUUUUUUUUUUGUCAUGUAACC